AUGGACAAAGAACAGUGCGCCAAGUUUAAAAUGGAAUCGCUGGAAAGUUUCGAACCGCUGGUAAAUCCGAUCCGCCAGUAUCGGAACCGCUCUAAGCGCACCCUAAAGACGGGCGAGGAGAAACUUGCGGAAGUGCUUGCCAAAAUAGCAUCGCUACAGAAAAGCUCGGAAAAAACGGAUGGCAUCGAUCGCACGAAGGUGCGCACGUACAACGUCAAGCUACGUCUGAGGAAAAGUCUCCUGUACAAAUGCUUCGAUUGUGGCAGUUGCUUCGCCAACUCGGACUUCCUCGAGCUGCAUGAAACGUCCCACGCGGAGCAGGGCAAGUGCGACAUCGACCUGGGCCACGAACCGGUGGACUCCGAGAUGAAUCUGAAGCAAAACGCUUGGUUCGUGGGGGACUUUGGCGAGGACGACGAAGAAGGUGACGAUGGCGAACACAUUUUGCAGCUCGAUUGCACAGUGGAAGAGGGCGAGGAUAUUUUCGACAUCACGUUCGAUCGUACCAAGUGCGAGAAAACGUACACGAUGAAGUACAAGGUCAAAAAGGAGCCGGUGGGCAAAUGUGAACAUUGCGCGAAACAAUUUUACUCCAUCGAAUGGCUGAAGCUGCAUGAACUCGAGCACGAAAAAUUUCUGGACAUCGCGAAUAUAGAGCCAAGCAUCAACAUCAUACGCUCUCCGCGCAUCGAGGAAAGUACCAUGACGCUGGGCGACAGCUUCUACGAGGCGCUCGAUGUGAGCGAUAUCCUCGAGCACAGCAGCGGCACCAUCGAUUGCUCGACCGAUGGUCGUUUAGCCUCCGGUGCAGGUAUAAUGCUUGAGUACCGCAUCAUCCCUCGGCGAUCGGUCAGUGGCGAGAAAGAGCUGGCCCAGGUAAAGGACCAGCGCAUUGGUGAGGAAAAGGAGGUAAAAGAUAACACCUCACGCAUAGUCAAUCAGUUCGAGUGCCAACCAACUGCCAAGGUAAAGGAGGAAGUGAAAAUUAAGCAGGAGCUGCCGGACGAACCAGUGUCGAUAAUGCUGGAGAUCAAGGAAGAAGUCAUGGACGAAGGUGAAACGAACGCUUUGCAGUUUGCUCCGUUUGCACACCUGCAACACAAUUAUGAGUGCCCAAGCUGUAGGAAACGGUUUCGGUUCCGUGCAGCGCUUCUUGUACACGAACGAACACAUAGUGGCAUCCGUCCUUACCGGUGCAUAAACUGCAAGGACACAUUCAUAUCGAGGGGAAAGCUUUUUCUCCAUGCCUACAUUCAGCAUAGAAACAGGCACAGGAAGUUGGCGUGCGGUCAUUGCGAUAAUAGCUUCCUUAAACCGAAACAGCUACUGCGCCAUCUUGCCAUUUGCAAUCACAAUGCGGGUAUUCCGCGAUAAACACGAAAUCUCGCGUCUGUGAAUAACAGCAGACAUUUUUUACAAUGAUAAUUUAAAUUUUACAUGUAUGCAUGCUAGCCAGGUUGACAAUGAAUGUGGAAUCAUUCAUUAGUGCUAGGCUCGAUGCAUGGCAGACUCUUGAUGUUGUAGAAGGCACCUGUUCUAAUAGGGAAAGUUGUCGCGUUAAGCUCGUUACAACAAGCACAAAA